AUGGCCCUUUACUUAGCUCUCCUCUUCUUCUUGCUAUCAAAUCUUACUCAUUUUUUAAGCCACGGCAAGCUUCUCCCAGUGGUCAAUGAUCAAGGAGGCAAUCCUGGCCAGACGCAAACCUACAUCGUUCAUGUAGUAAACACCAAGGAAGCUGAGCUUCUCAGCGAUAUAGAUCUUGAAAGGUGGUACGAAUCCUUUCUACCUAACAACACUCUAGACUCAGGAGCACCUCGUUUGGUGUACUCGUAUCGACACGCAAUCAGCGGUUUUGCUGCGAGGCUAACUCCUACAGAAGUGAAGGCUAUGGAAGGUAAGGAAGGCUUCUUAUAUGCCCACCCUGACAAGCUGUAUCACCUUGAAACCACUUAUACCCCUGAGUUCUUGGGGUUGAGCAAGCCAUUCGGAGGAGCAUGGGAUGGCACCAUGUAUGGCGAAGGCAUCAUAAUCGGAAUUCUUGACACUGGAAUUUUUCCAAACCAUCCUUCUUUCAGUGACAAUCUAAUGCCUCCUCCACCUACCAAAUGGAAGGGUAAGUGUUAUUACCUCCGUUGCAAUAAUAAGAUCAUCGGUGCAAGAGCAUUCCACAAUGGAACCAGUCCUUCCCCAAUAGACAGAGAAGGGCAUGGGACCCACGUUGCAGGCACGGCUGCAGGCAAUUUCGUGGACGACGCCAACGUUCUUGGAACGGCCAAGGGUAAGGCUUCUGGAAUGGCACCUAAAGCUCACCUAGCUAUCUACAAAGUGUGCUUCGAGGCUGGCUGUCCGGGGACUGAUACGCUUAAAGCCAUAGAUCAGGCUAUCAUGGAUGGAGUCGAUAUAAUCUCCAUGUCAAUUAGUGGUGACCCUAAUGCGACAUUCUAUUUUGAUUCAAUCGCACAAGGUUCACUAGCAGCAUUCAAGAAGGGAAUCUCCAAUUUUGCAUCCGCAGGCAAUAAUGGCCCUGGAGAAGAUACAUUGGCCCAUAGUGCCCCGUGGGUUUUUACAGUAGGAGCGAGCUCAACUGACAGAAGAAUAAGCGCAGCUGUAAAGCUCGGAAAUGGAAUGGAACUACAAGGAGAAACUGCCUUUCAACCCCUAUCUUUCAAUUCCUCCGAAUAUUUACCCAUUGUAUUUCCUUACAAAUAUAGUGGGGAUUUUGAUGCUUUGUUUUGCCUAAAUGGCACAUUAGAUCACAUCGAUGGAUAUACCACAUCUUCUGAAGCUCAUAUCCUUCCAGCUGUCCAUGUUAGCUUUGUGGAUGGGAUAAAGAUCAGAGACUACGUUAUGAUGUCAAACUCCACUCCUACUGCAGCAAUCAAGUUCAACUACGCACAAUAUGGAUUCAGACCAUCUCCAGCAGUCGCUUCUUUCUCCUCUAGGGGUCCAAGCAAGAUGAAUGGCGACAUCUUGAAGCCAGAUGUCCUUGCACCAGGCGUGAACAUUCUAGCAGCAUGGCCAUCUGGAGUCGGACCUAAUCCUAACCCGUUCAUCUUUAAAAACUUCAACUAUUUGAGCGGCACCUCCAUGGCCGCUCCUCAUGUUUCUGGAAUCGCCGCUUUAAUCAAGUACAAACACAAGCAGUGGUCGCCAGCAGCGAUCCAAUCCGCCAUCAUAACCUCGGCCAAGGAGCUAGAUCUUGACGGGAACCCCAUCAAGGAUGAGGCGAACAAUGAGACAGCUGGUAUCUAUGCCACAGGAGCGGGCCAGUUGAAUCCAGCCGGGGCGAUGGAUCCUGGUCUCAUUUAUGACCUAACUCACUACGAUUUCAUCUCAUACCUCUGUGGCCUAGGGUACAACGACAGUGAAGUGUUCUGGACAGUUGGCUAUUUUGUUCCAUGCUCCCUACACAAAAAGACCAGCCCGUCACAGCUGAAUUACCCCUCCAUCGCAGUAUCUCUCAGCUCAAACUCAAGGACCCAGAUCGUGCAACGAACAGCGACGAACGUAGGGGAUGCUCACGAGGUUUACCAGGCACGGGUCCAGGAGCCGCCCGGGGUCAGCAUGUACCUUUCUACGUACCAACUUUCGUUUUCUAGAGUCCAGCAGGUCAAGGACUUCCAUGUCACCCUCGUCAUGAGGCGAUCACCAGGGAAAGGGCUGGUUUCAAGGGGGAAACUCGAGUGGGUUUCGAACAAACAUGUUGUUACAAGCCCUGUCGCUGUCAGAUUCGCCUAAAUCCGACCAAACAUGGCGUCAUCUGUGGAUCCUAUGCGCAUAUCACAGUAGUAUUCCUAUGCUGAAUAAUAAUGAAUGUAAUGAUAAAACGAACCAAGGCAAAAGGUGU